CCAAGGCAAGCGCGCUAUAUUCAUAACCAACUCUGAUGCCGCAUGCACUUGUUCUUCGGCCCUGUGAUAUGGAACCUGUCGCUCGCCGACGAACGUGCGUCGAGGUGGGCAUUUAUAUUCGCGCCGACAAAAUCUGAGCGGGUCGUGCUAGGGAUAUCCGUCCUCCUACUCCUCGUCGUUCGUCCCACCUUCUUUCCCCAAGAGCGACAUGCAUAGCUUCGGCCUACUCCGCGCUGCCGUCGCAGUUUCGUUCGUUUCGGUGGCUCUCGCCACGAACAUAUUGCUUACGAACGACGAUGGAUGGGCUGUAGCGCAGAUCCGCGCGCAGUAUGAUGAGCUGACGCGGGCAGGAUACGAUGUCGUCUUGUCAUGCCCCUCGGAGAACAUGUCAGGUACCGGAUCGACGACCGCAACGCCCACUGUCCUCACGGAGCCUUGCGAGUAUGAUACUUGUCCCGUCGGAUCCCCACCGGAAGGAUUCAACGCGAGUUACCCUCGGUUCAACUACGUCAAUGCCUACCCGGUGGACGCAGCGCACUACGGGAUCCAGACGCUUGCGCCAAAAUUCUUUUGGGGUCAAAAGCCCGAGUUCGUCGUGAGCGGGCCAAACAUCGGCAAUAACCUUGGAACCGUGGUCCUCAUUUCUGGCACAGUUGGUGCCGCGUGCGAAGCGGCGAAAGAGGGCGUCCCAGCUACCGCCUUUUCCGGAGGAACGGGAUCGCAAGUCUCGUACACCACCCUCGAGAGCGAUCCUACAGCGUCCUCUUCCGAAUCAUCCUGGAUCUACUCGGCGCUCACGGUGCACUACACCGAGACACUCCUCGACACCUUCCUCUACCCGGUUCUCCCGCCAGGCAUCAUCGUCAACGUGAAUUACGCACCCAUUGACGAUUGCCCCAGUCCGUCCGACUACAAGUGGGUGUUCUCGCGGAACCUCGCCGACCCCGGGACGACGGACAUCUGGACGUGCGGGAGCACGACACUCCCUGCGGAGAGCGACGUGGUGGCGACGUCUGGCUGCUACAACAGCGUGUCCGUGCUGAACGAUACGACGAAGGCGGACGUUGGCCCGGAGCUCCAGUUCGAAGUGUUCACGCGCCUGCUUGGGCUUCCCUUCAGCUGUCUUCCGAGCUCGUGAAGGUUAAGGGAGAAUCGCUUGCAGGAGCCUGCAUGCGCUGUCGAUCUGUAUC